CGUACGACGUCACACACCGCUCCGUCUGUCCCACAGUUCUUUGCAGUGGUAAAGUGACCUCUGUUGCUAUCAGUUAGGCCGCUGCUGCAAAAACAAUGCUUCCUCCGGUUCCAGUGUCACCCUUAAUUAAGACAGCAAGGUAUUCAGCUUUGAUCUUCGGCAUCAUCUAUGGCAAGAUGAGAUAUAAUUACUUGAAGCCUAUAGCUGCUGAGGAGCGGAGGAUUGAAGAGGAGCAGAGAAAGAUCCGAGAGGAGCAGGAGCGGAUUGCCAAGCAGCUAGCAGAAGCAAAUGAAGACACCAUUCUGAAAUGAAGCUGUGUGAGAACGUCCAACUGCUUAUCCAACUUCUCUCUCCUUGUUCUGGAGUUAUGGGGUCCCAGCCUAUCGGUCAUUCCCAUGUUGUGCUCGCUUGUACACAAGAACACCUUUGUGGAUUGUGACACUGAAAUAACGAUUCUGUAACUUGGCAUUGUAAUUUAGAAAAUGCACUCAUAAGUUUAUUUGUAAUGAAAGUUAUAAAUACAAAACCACAUGA